AUGGCCAACCGAAGACCUCCUCCCAGUGGACGACGUAUGGACUUCAUGCGAAACGAUCGAGGAAAGAACUUUCGCCCCGGCGUGUCACCAUGGCAGGGGGGAGCACCAGGCAAUGAUAUUCCCAAUUUGUUACCUAUAACUGGUGGCUCAACUGAAGCUACUCUUGCCUUGGCGAGCAACAUCAUCAAUCUUCUUCAGCCCCGUCAAAACUCUGUCCCGUCUUUACUUGACAUGCCUAUUCGUCGUGACUUUGGUCCACCUAUGGGACGGUUUGAUCGUGGAUACCCACCUAAUCGGAUGGGCAAUCAAGGUAAUUUCCGGCGAACGGGAAAUUACAACCGCUCUGGUGAGCGUAUGAACAGCAAUCGUAAGCCAUUCAGGCCCAAUGAUGGGCAAAGGCAACAAAACAAGAGUUCCCCGAAAAAGGAUGCCGACUCUAAAAAUAAACCCAAGGAGAGUGAACAAGAAAAGGAGAAGUCUGAUGGUACUGAAAAAGUGGAAGACAAGCAAGAAGAGAAGAAAGACAGUCAAAAGACCAGAUAUGAUGAUAUUAAUCAGCAACUAUUGAGGUGCCAUAUCUGUAACAAGAGUAUGUGGGAUGGAAGAUCUUUUGAAAAUCACCUAAGUGGGCGGGCUCACUCCAUCAUGAUGCAAAAGACAGUUGAGAGCUAUGCCUUGACUGCAGAUACUAUGAGGCAGGAGUUUAAGAUUCGCGACAUGAAACGCAACCGUAAAUCGGGGCAGCAACCGACGCGCGACUUCUACUGUGCGAUGUGUGAUAUGUAUGCAGCUGAUGGAUCUGGUCAUCGCACCACUGUCGGCCACCGCAAGCUGAAGAAAUAUCUACACCCCACUUGCACUGCCUGUCAUAAGGAAAUGCCUACUAGAAUUGAGCUGGAUGAGCACCGUUUGACUCCGGAACAUCUAAGGAUGAUACAGGACAAGCAAGAUGUCAGUGGAAAGCUGAAACCUGAAGUAAUGAUGAUUUCGAACCUGCAAGCAGAGCAACAAUACCUCCGUGACGAUAGAGAUCGCCAGCGCAAUCGGAAGCAUAUGGGGGACAAGGGAAAAAAUAAGGCAGAAAAAGAAGUAGAAGAAGGACAGGAAAAAGAAAAGGUAGAUGGUGAUGAAGAAAAGGUAGAUGGUGACGAAGAAAAGGCAGAUGAAGAAGUCAAAGUGAAAGAAAGCAUUGAUAAGGAGGGCACAAUUCUAGACUACACAGAGGGUGAAGAUCUUACUAACAUAACUGAUGACAAAUACCCUGUUUAUAGCACUGAACGCGGCGUGGGACGUUCAUUCCUUUCUGAAUUCAAAUGCUUCCAAUGCCAACUCUGCAAGAAGCUCCUUGACUCAGAGGAAACAGCUGAAGUACAUCUUCGUACUUGGAGGCACCACCAGCUUUUUGUGAGGUUACUAAAUGAGAAGAGUGGUAAAGAGCAGACUAUAGAAACCCGCGAGCCAUUUAAGCGUCCUCACAACAUAGAGGAAUCCGGCAACUGGAAGCGUCGUAAGACCUCUCCAGAGCCAAACGAUUCCGAAGAAGCAGCUGAGAAUGGUCAUAACGCUGCUAGUGUCAAAGAGGAGAAAGCUGAUGACGUCGACAUGGAGGGAGAGGCUAUUGGCGAGUCGGAAUCACCAAAAGCCGACGAUCUCGAAGACUGGGUCCAGAGUGUUGACGAGCUACUUCAGGAAGUCGGCGAUGAUAAAGAUUCCUCAGCCGAGAUAAACGAAAAGGACGUAGAAAAGGAAGAUGCUGAUGAACAGCCAGAAUCUAAAAUAAAAGUUGAAGAAAAUACAAUAACAGAUGGACAAAUCGAAAUAAAAAGCGAAGUAAUGUCAGAAGACGAAAAUUCUCCAUCAAAGCGUAUCACUAGAGGGCGUGGACGUGGACGACGCAGGAAUUAA